AUGUCCGCCGUCAAUGAGACUCCCCAACUAGCUGCUGAAGCUGCACCAGCUGCCCCCACCGCUAAGGGAAAGGCCAAUAAGAAGGUCAAGGCUUCCAGCAACAGGAUUUCUUCCGGCAAACAAUGGACCCAAGCCGAAAAAGAUGCAAUUGUAGUCCAGAUUCUCUUUCAAGCUGCUGGCAAGAGCUUUGUUCCUAACUUCAAGACCAUUGAGGCUCCGGGCCGCACCGAAAAGGCUGUCAGACACAUUUGGGAAGCACUCAAGAAGUCUCAUGCCAGUGUUAAGAAGGGAAAUGCGAAGGGUGAAGGCGUCGCUAAGGGUAGUUUAAAGAAGCGCAAGGCAGAGCUUGAGGGUGUUGCUAAGAAGAAGAACAAGGUAGAUAAGAAGACCACCUCCGAAUUUAAGACCGAGGAGGACGUUAGCGGCAAUGCAGUUUUUUCUGACGACUAUGACGACUAUGACGACGGUGGCAUUGAUUCGGCAGAUCAGUCAAGUGGAAAGUUUGACUUCGAUGAUUAA